GUGACAUGAUAAGAUGGUAAUAAUUGGAAUUGUUACAACCAAAAUAAAUAAUCUAAUUUACUUUUGAAUUAAACUUACAACAAAAAGGGAUGCCAUUUCUGUUCCAUAUUUUUAUUCACGAUGUUGUUCUAAUUUCAAAUUCAAAGUUCUAAUUUCUUUUUCAUAUUUAAUGCCGGCAAUCCUAUGUUCAUUACUCUGAGUGCCAGUUACAAUGACAGUGAUUACAAUAUUUCGUGAUUACAGAUGUGUUUUGCGUGUGUCCGUUUUUUUGUGUUUAUUACUAAAUACCAGUGGAUGUUGCCUCACUGAUUGGGAUUUGAAUUUUUUGACUGAUGACUUAUUCCCUGAUGUGUCCCCCUUACUGGCCAGUACAAGAACUUUCUUAGAAGAUUUACUUAAAAUAAAUAAUUAUUCUAUGGAAGAUGAAGAAGAGUCUCCGAUCUCCUCCGAACUUGUAGCCGAGUGCAUCCGAAGAGGACGUGAACUCUCCCGAGCGGCAACUCGAAGAAACAACGAGCUAGUUGGCAAUGGCGUCAGUCUGGAGGAUUCUAGCCCUGCAAUGCUCCAUUUCUUUUCCGCCAAAUUACCUUCGGAAAUCAGGAAAGCUUCCGAUGUAUCUCAUGAGAUUAUUUCCGCUACCAAACUGCUACAGAUGAAAAUGUGUUCUGGCAGCGUAACUCCAAACACAUUUAUAUCGUUCUUGGAGCACCAGGGCAUCCGAAUGAAGGACGCUACGUAUUGCCAGCAAGUGAAGGUAUGCUGCAGCAGCAACAACAAGUACAGGACUAUUGAUGGCACAUGCAACAACAAGGAGCAUCCUGAGUGGGGCAGAAGAGGAGCACCAUUCACCAGGAUCGCAACACCGCGGUAUGCUGAUGGAAUAUACGCAAUGCCAGUAGCAAAGAGUGGCCACCAACUUCCCAAUCCUCGCGUCCUUUCCACGAGGCUGUUCCAAGACCAACCAAUUGGGAGCCGUGUGCUCAAUAAUAUGAACAUGCAGUGGGGACAAUUUGUCACACACGACUUGGUGUUCCAAGUUAUGGAAGUUACUGACAAAGGUGGGAUCCAAUGUUGCUUAGGCGAAGGCAAGGGCAUACUUCCAUCAGAAUGGCUGAACGAUAAAUGUAUUCCUAUAUCGGUGCCUGACGACGACCAGUUCUAUAGAUGCCAUGGUAUCAAAUGUUUAAACUUCGUUCGAAGCGUCACCACUCCUAGAGAUGAUUGCAGUUUGGGUCAUGCUGAACAGAUGAACACAGUGACCAGUUACCUAGACGGAUCGCCAAUCUACGGCUCUGACAAAAAAUUAGCAGCAAAACUAAGGAGCUGGAUAGGUGGGCGACUGCGCCAGGAGUCACGGAAGGACUGUCUCCGAGGAUUCUUGCCCAGCGUCAGUGAUAAGUUCGCAGUAUGUGACUUGAGGAACUCAUCGGAACCCUGCUAUUUGGCUGGUGAUACCAGAAUCAAUCAGACACCGACCUUAGCUAUGCUUCACACUUUACUUCUGAGGGAACACAAUCGGGUAGCAGAUAUCCUAAGCGACCUGAACCCUUUGUGGAGCGACGAGAAGUUAUACCAGGAAGCAAGGAGGAUCGUCAUAGCUGAGAUACAGCAUAUCACGUACCAAGAGUGGUUGCCUGCUAACUUUGGUGAAUACUACCUCCACUACUACGGGAUAUCUCCAACAACGCUGUAUACUCGAGACUACAAUCCCGAUGUGAACCCUGGGAUCAUUAACAGUUUUGGCGCGGCUGCCUUCCGGUUUCUGCACACUGUCAUCACCGAUAAUAUCAUGACCUGUCCUAAUAGUUACAAUGCGGCUUACUUGUACAAAUUAAGUGACCAUUACUUCAACCCGAGUCUUUUGGAAUCUUCUCCAGACUCAUUUGACGAUGUUGUACGAGGGAUCAUAGCUCAGAAUGCAGGGGAAUCAGACCCCUAUUGUUCAGGGGAGAUCACCAACUUGCUGUUUAAAUCCCGUAACCGAUGGGGAAUGGACCUCAUAGCUAUGGACAUACAACGGGGCAGGGACCAUGGUAUCGCAUCGUAUAAUGACUUAAGGGAAAUUUGCGGUUUACCCAGAGCAAGAUGCUUUCAAGACUUAGCGAAUGAAAUUUCACAAGAUAGGAUAAACGCACUUCAGUAUUUGUACGAAUGCGUAGACGAUAUAGAUUUGUUCGUGGGCGGUGCCAUGGAGCGGGACGUGUAUGGCUCCAUACUUGGCCAUACCUUCCAAUGUAUAGUGGCCGAACAAUUCUACAGGACUAGGAUAUCUGACCGAUACUUCUAUGAUAAUGGGGAGAUGCCGCAUUCUUUUACAAGUGAUCAAUUAAAAGAACUAAAGAAGGCAUCAAUGGCCCGUUUGAUCUGCGACAAUACAGACAGCGUGUACUACGUACAGAAGAAAGCGUUUGAAGUGGAAUCUACGUACAAUCCAAAGUAUAGAUGUGAUGAUUACAAUGCUAUACCUUAUGUGGAUCUUACUGCUUGGAAACAACCCUCGAUCUUUGAUUAAAGAAGACAUAAAUAGGUACUUGCGCAACAUUGCGCAAAGUUGCGCUAAUAGUUUGAGCAAGUUGCGCAGUUCAGCGAAAAGUUGUUAUUUUACUUGUGCGAUUUUUUGAUAUUUUUCAUAUGCUAAAGGAGCUGCUAGCAGGUCGAUAUCAGUAGAUUUUUACAACUUUGUUUACUAGUAAAUAUUAUGAGGAAUCUUGUCAUAUUAGAGUUGGUUAAACUUUUAAGAAGGUAAUAGUUUCUUAAGAUUCAUCUCUUUUUCUAGCUAUUGUUAAUAUCACUCUUACAAUUAUCAAAUAGUGUUAUUGUAUUAUUAAAUAAGAUGGAAGUUACAUGCAGUAUUGUUAUGCAUACCUCUCUGUAAAUUUGCCUAAUAAGUAUUUUAUAAUACACUUUGUUAAAUCGAAAUAAAAACAAUAUAAGUAUAGUAUAUUUGAAACGUUUAAUAAAAUACGAAAACAAGAUAUAACAUGUGUCAUGUAUAUUAUUUUAAACCUUAAAGUAUAGUAACAGAUAGUAAAUUUAUUCGAUAUAGAUAAAGUAUCACAAUUUAUAAUAUAGUUUGGAAUUUUUAUGAAAAGUUUAGAAGCUAUUCAUACCCGACUGCUGUUGGAAGAAAGUUAGUUAAUGGUUAUCAAGUGUGUAUGAUUAACUUAUAAAUAAAAUAUACAUUUACAUAAUUAUACAUGUAUAAAAUCAUGUACAAGGAUGUCGGGGAAGAUUUCAAAUUAAGAACAGAUGGUUUGUAUAAAGAAUUAUAUGAAGGAGAAAGGAGUUGAUGAUAAAAUGAGGUCUAAUAAGGAAGAAUGGAAAAAAGGUUUUAUUGUAUCGACCUCGAAUAACUUGGGAUAAGUAAAGUAAGGAAAGGUGAAGAAAGAUUGUAGCUUAUACAGGGGAUAUGACUUUAACAUAUUCAAUGUAUAUUGUUAGAUUUAUCCUAAUAAUCAAACAUACUUAUUAUCUAUUGAUAGUACAUAAGAAAUUGGAUAUCAACAAAUAUUUUUUUUAUAAAUACAAUAAAAAAAUGCAGUCGAGUUUUAAGAAAUUUUUUAUGUAAUUUUAUACUUACUUAUAGCUUAGACCGUUAAAGAUUAAUAUUAUUCAACUACAAAGAUUUAGAAAUAUUUUGGCAGGAUAGUUAUUAACAACCUUCAUUUGAAGUCUGAUUUUCAGACUUGUUCUCAAUAGUAAGAGAUUUCAGAUAGUAUAACUUUGCGAAGCUUUUUAAUUGUCUAUACAUUUGGGUUCGUGUUUAUAAUCAGGCGAAUUUAGUUCUAAGCGAAAAAAGCAUGGAGAUGUUACUUGCGAUUUGAUGAAUAGAUCUGUAUUAUACGGUACGUUUUCCAAGUUAUUUUAGUUGAAGUUCAUACAUUGGAAGGGCUCAAAAAAUACUAUUAUUUUGUAUGUAUUAGACACUACACCUAAUUAGAUACUACAGCGAAAAAUCAAAUACGUUUCCAGGUAUAAGUUGUUCUUGAAAUAUUAUAACGAACAAACUACUGUCAAACAUAAUUUUCGGAGUUCAAUUAUGAAGGAGAAACUGGGUUACCGUAAUGAGAGCAAAAUGGCCCACGAUUUGAAUAUUUGAUAAGCGCGCCAUCUGUUGUUCAAUUGCCUGAAUUUGUCUUCAGUGUUGGCUUAUAAACAAUAGCCCCAUCAGAAAACAAAAGUAUCAUCAUAACUCCUACACAACUAAAUUGCACUACACCGCUUUAUUACGAACAGUUAGCUAAGCAAUUCCGACUUUACUACUGUUUCAACUCUAUAACAGAACGCUUAAGGUCUAUUUUACUAUAUCAACAAAUUCCGGUUACCCUGUUUAUCCUUACCGAGAAAGUUGUUAAUCUUAUUCUGGAAGGUGUUCCAUGUGACUGAUGUGUUCACAAUCUGCGAAAGACCGGCUGGCUUCACCAUUCUUUCGAAGAACGGUCUUUUGUAAAGCCUUUGAGCCUCAAGUCUCUGGUCUUCUGUCACCCUGCGAUCGUCCAAGUGGUUUAGAGACGGGAACUGGGAUAUUACGAAAAG